GUCCAUAAAGCCGGGGUAUAUAUAAACCCACUAAACCCAUGAACACUCGCAGUUAGGGUUUCAUUUUCCCGUGAAGCUAAGAGAGAGCCGCCGCUGCAGAACUCCCAUAACACAGCAAUGGCGAGAAUCAAGGUACACGAGCUGAGGCAGAAAACAAAGGCUGAGCUUUUGAACCAGCUCAAGGAUCUCAAGGCAGAGCUUGCCCUUCUUCGCGUGGCCAAGGUCACUGGUGGAGCACCCAACAAGCUCUCCAAGAUUAAGGUUGUGAGGUUAUCGAUCGCCCAAGUGUUGACUGUGAUUUCACAGAAGCAAAAGUCUGCCCUGAGAGAAGUGUACAAGAACAAGAAGUUCUUGCCUCUUGAUCUGCGUCCCAAGAAGACCAGAGCUAUCCGCCGAAGGCUCACCAAGCACCAGGCAUCUUUGAAGACCGAGAGGGAGAAGAAGAAAGAAAUGUACUAUCCCUUGAGGAAGUAUGCCAUUAAGGCCUAGAGUGUUGGAUCGAUUACGUUAGAUCAUCUUGGUACCUUGCUGUAAUAGAAUCCUUUUGUUCUCAAGUUUUGGAUUUACUUUUGAUUAAGAAAUUAGACCUGAGAUUUUGAUGUUUAAUUUUACUUGUCUAGGUUUGGGGAGGCAUGUCUUGCCCAAAUCAACUUAAUUUUCUUCGGGUGCAAUGAUAGUUCAGAUUCUGUUCGUGUUUGAUAAA